AUUCAUGCGCUUCCUGGGGCAAGGGUAUGUAUUUGUGGGGACACGGGAAAUCCUUACAGGGGAACCCAAAACCACCCGACGGAUUUCCGACGGAUUCUCGGCUUAUCGCCUCAGCUCCUGACUGUCUCGUGAAGCAACAUAUCGAUCGGGAAAGAUGGAUUCACAAAACAAUCAGCGCGCAUAAAGAUUAACAAUCAUAACUUAGUACGCGAUAUCUAGGAAUUCUCUUCUAUAUUCUCUUUUACCAUCAUCGUUAAACCGCCAGACUCUUCAAAAUGCCUAACCAACGACUACUAAACAGGAUCGCUAUUGUCACGGGCUCUUCCCAGGGCAUUGGUCGUGAGAUAUGCAAUCAAUUCUUCGAGGAGGGCGCGCAACUUGUAUGCGCCGAUUUGCGUCCGACAGGACAAGGAGAGGAAGUUCCAACCCACGACUGGAUCGUACAGAAAGGCGGCAAGGCUAUCUUCGUCAAGACUGACGUUAGCAACGCGGAUGACUGGAAAGCUCUCAUCGCAAACACGGUGGAGGAAUAUGGAAGACUGGAUAUCCUGGUGAACAAUGCAGGUAUCUGCACCGAAGCAAACAACCCGCAGCCUAUCGAUGAGGUCGACGAAGCUGCAUUCGACGCUCACCUUAAGAUCAAUACCCGCGGCGUCUUCUUGGGUUGCAAAUAUGCCGUGCAACAAAUGAAGAAGCAGGAACCGCACGCUUGCGGCCUUCGAGGCUGGAUUGUCAACUUUGCUUCCAUGGUGGCCAACAUCGGGAUGCCAGCCGGCUACACUGCUUCAAAGGGGGCUGUUGCUGCCAUGACGAAGACAAUUGCUCUUGACGUUGCAAAGCAAGGCAUUGUCGCUAAUUCCAUCUGCCCUGGCUUUACGCAAACGGCUAUGCUUGACAACGCUCUGGGUGGCGCUCUCUCUUCUGCAAGAGACGCUGUGCUAGCCGCGCUUCCCCGCGGCAGGUUUGGCGAAGCCCGCGACCACGCCCGCGCCGCGGUCUAUCUCGCAAGCGACGACGCCGCAUGGGUUACUGGCGUGAAUUUGAACGUCGAUGGCGGCUUGACCGCCCAGUAAAAAGCGAGACCGAUUGUUCGGGACCAAUAGACUACCUGUAGGAACUGCAUACCAUGCAUAAGUGCCACCAUUUCCGAAAAUCCAUGGUCUUCAAUUUGACUCUGCGAGUUCCGAUUCCCUGUGGAGGCCAAUACGCGCAGUUCUUCUCCCGUUUUUCUUCGAUACGAAGGAUGCUACGCCGCACCCUUACAGAUCUGCAACCUAUCAGAGUAAAAAUGACGGUUGGGCAUUGGGCUCAGCGGCAAAUAGACAGACCUAUGUGCUUCGAAAGUGGACUGUCAUGGCGGACGAUGCUUGGAUCAUCAGUUUACAAAUCUCCGGACUUACCCACAAAAGCCGCUCG